AUGUCUUCCGUCCCCCACAUGAUGAGCACAUCGCUGGCAAGACAAGUAUUGGAUUUCACAAAGGAACUGUUGAAGAAGGACUUCGACGUCGAGUUGAGGGAGACAGGGGUUUUAGGGGACGACAUUGGGAAGGCACUUAUUAUGAUGCACGACUUGACGGCGAUUGCACAUCCAGAACGUUUACCUGCCAACCAGGAGCAAGUCGCUCUUCUGUCCAUAUUUGGCAACCGUGUUGAGGAAGAUGAUCCCACGGAUCUCGAUUGCGAACACACCACCUUUGCGCACUUUUUGUUCGAGAUUGGGAUGCAGAAGUUUCUUCCGAAGUUUGAGGAUUUUGGGUGUAAAGAGGACACUCUCUCCAUGAUCGUGCGGCUCGAUGUUCAGGGGGUUCAGGAGUUCGUUCAAUGUGUCUCAGAUCGUCCGGGUGGCCCUCCCUUCUCUGACUUUGAAAGGUGGUACCUAGGAUACCACUUCAAGAAAUUGAAGGAGCACUUCCAGGCAAUCGUUGUUUAG